CACGUUGACACGAUGAUCGUUAUUCUAAUUUGAACUAUAGAAGUACGGUUUAUUGACUGAUCGACGUUAAAAACGCGACCUCUUUACCGUUCCUAGGUCAUAAGAGAGAAGAUAAAAUUUAAAACAGGGGUUCCGUUUCGAAAAUUUUGAAUGAAAAAAUUAAAACCUCGGUUAUUUCAACCUUUAGUGGCUUGCUACCAGUACAUCACCUAUUAAUAGCCACAACCAGCUGUGGUGAUCGAGCACGCAGCAGUGCCGUUUAUUUUUAGAAUACCUAAAACGUAUUUUGUUUUUGUAUCGCAGGUGUAAUGUCAGCUAGUCAAAUUAAGGAGAAAAUUUAUAUACCAAUACACACAACAAACAACCAAUUAGUCCUAUCGGGCUUGGGAAAAUCUACAAAGAGGGGUAUAAAAAAGUGCAACAAUUGCAGUACUUACAAUGGCACUAGAAGUGCAGUGUGCAAGAAUAAAAACUGUGGCGUUAUUCUCAAAGACUCCGAGGAAAAAUCUAGAGUGGACAUAGAUGCUGUCAAAUUACUUACAGGCAAAGAAAAGCAAGUAUUCUCUGUCAGGGUAAGAGAUAUGGGCCCAGAUUAUAGAGGGUUUGUGCAGUUACCGAUUCUCCAAUCACAAGAAGACAAAAACAUUCUGUCAGAAGUAGCAUUGUGCUUUGUCGACUCCUGUCAGAACUCAUUCGAUAAUUCAAUCCUCAAAUGUCACGAAGAAGACCAAAACAGUACUAAUCAGGUGUGUGAUCACAUAAAAUCAGCGUUGAAAAGUCAAAGCAGUGCCACUCCAAUGAAAUUCAAAAAUGACGUAUUAGGGUCUCUCCAAGUGACAGAUGAUGUUAAGGAGACAUUGUACAUCUUAGCUAAUGAAAAACAGGGCUGUUUGGUGCAACAGGUGUCAAAGUCUAUUAUGGCCGUGAAGUGUCAGGCAACACCUAAGCACCCGUUGGGGUAUCUGCAUUUUGGGUUCAUCAAAGGCAAAGGAAGAUAUUGUUAUGAAAAGUAUUUUUGCAGUUGUUCAGAAUUUAUAGAAUCGAGAAGCAUACCUGGAAAAGAAAUCAGAAAAUGUAUCCACUACUAUGCAUGUAUUUGGUCUUUGGCUAGCAACACAAGGUAUUUUGAUGAGUUUUCCUACUUUUUGCAGUUUGAACUACCAUUGUCAGAACCAAUUUUUGGUCAUCUGAAUGAUAAACCAAGUCCACUAUCUGAAACUUCAAAAUAUAUUCAACAAGCUGCUGCAAUGAAGGUAACAGCUAACAAAUGUCUCGAUGAAAGGUAUAGGAAAUCUAAAGUAAUCAAAGUAGGAUGUCCAUCAACAAAACUAAUGAAUAUUUGUUAAAAUUCUUCAGCAACCAAGGAAGGUGGAGUUG